AUGACGGAGUAUAAGCUGGUAGUGGUGGGCGAUGGAGGUGUCGGCAAAUCGGCACUGACAAUCCAACUAAUUCAAAAUCAUUUCGUCGAAGAAUAUGAUCCCACCAUUGAGGACAGUUAUCGAAAACAGGUCGUGAUCGACGGUGAAACGUGUCUACUGGAUAUUUUGGAUACGGCUGGCCAGGAAGAGUACUCAGCUAUGCGCGAUCAGUACAUGCGUACCGCUGGACUUGACUCUCAACUUGAGCUUUAA